GCGACUUUGAGGGAUUCCCUCUCGGGCGGCCUCUGCAGCGCACAGCUGGCCUCAUUCGUUGCACUGCGAGUAUGGAUCUCCGAGGAAGAGCGGUCCCCAGCGUCGGCAGACUUCUAGUUCUCUUGGUGCUGUUCCAUACAAUGGCUCAAAUCACGGCAGAACAAGAAGUGGAAAAUCUCUCAGGCCUUUCCACUAACCCUGAAAAAGAUAUAUUUGUGGUGCGGGAAAAUGGGACAACAUGUCUCAUGGCAGAGUUUGCAGCCAAAUUUAUUGUACCUUAUGAUGUGUGGGCCAGCAAUUACGUAGACCUGAUCACAGAACAGGCCGAUAUCGCACUGACCCGGGGAGCUGAGGUGAAGGGCCGCUGUGGCCACAGCGAGUCGGAGCUGCAAGUGUUCUGGGUGGAUCGCGCGUACGAACUCAAAAUGCUCUUUGUAAAGGAAAGCCACAACACGUCCAAGGGACCUGAGGCGACUUGGAGGCUGAGCAAAGUGCAGUUUGUCUACGACUCCUCCGAGAAGACCCACUUCAAAGACGCAGUCAGUGCUGGGAAGCACACAGCCAACUCGCACCACCUUUCUGCGUUGGUCACCCCAGCUGGGAAGUCCUAUGAGUGUCAAGCUCAACAAACCAUUUCACUGGCCUCUAGUGAUCCACAGAAGACAGUCACCAUGAUCCUGUCUGCAGUCCACAUCCAGCCUUUUGACAUUAUCUCAGAUUUUGUCUUCAGUGAAGAGCAUAAAUGCCCAGUGGAUGAGCGGGAGCAACUGGAAGAAACCUUGCCCCUGAUUUUGGGUCUCAUCUUGGGACUCGUCAUUGUGGUAACACUUGCAAUUUACCACGUCCACCACAAAAUGACUGCCAACCAGGUGCAGAUCCCUCGGGACAGAUCCCAGUAUAAGCACAUGGGGUAGGGGCCAUUAGGCAGGCACCCCCCAUUCCUGCUCCCCCAACUGGAUCAGGUAGAACAACAAAAGCACUUUUCCACCUCAUACACGGAAUACACCAACAUAGCUGCAAUCAAACAGGCCUGGGUAUCCGAGGCUUGCUUGGCUUGUGUCCAUGCUUAAACACAGGGAUUGGGGAGACUCUUGGAUUUGUAGGGUGAAAUGGCAGUUAUUCUCUCCAUGCUGGGGAGGAAGGAGGGAGGGGCUCAGACAGCGUUCAUGCUUAUGGUGGCCAUGUUGCUCUCCAAAGAGCAACAGAUGCCUCUUGAAGCUGUAUCUGGCCCCAAAAUUUAGGAAUUGAAAAUACACAUUUUUGAGGAGGAAACACUUUUAAAUUCAGAAUAACAGGGGGUGCUUUGCUCCCUUGGACACAGCUGGCUUAUCCUAUACAGUUGUCAAUGCACACAAAAUACAACCUCAUGCUCCCUGCAGCAAGACCCCUGAAAGUGAUCCAUGCUUCUGGCUGGCAUUCUGCAUGUUUAGUGAUUGUCUUGGGAAUGUUUCACUGCUACCUGCAUCCAGUGACUUUUCAGCACAAGAACACGACUAAUGUAACUAUGCAGAGUUAUUUGGACUUCUCAAUGUGCCAGGUCCACAUCGGGGGACCUGAAGAAUGAAUCUGUGUGACUUUGUCUUUUGAAAUGAAUUAAAACACACUGUUCUCUGGC